GUAAUUUUUUGAAACUGGGUGGCUGAGUAUAUAUGGUUGGAGUCGGUGACAGUAAAAAGAGGGAAGGAACAAACAAAGCCGUUACGACGGCGUCGUGCUUUUUUCUGCGCGUUCAAGCAAUAAACUAAAGAGAAUUCUACUGUCACACUGGCAGUACUGAAUCCCAAACAGGCAUUCCUUGUUUGGUAGUUGUUGUCUUUCGCAUCCACAUUUUGAAUUCUCUCUCUCCCUCCCUCUUAAAAACCCACCAAAUUUUCUCUUCCUCUUCAAAUUAAAAUUCUAACACCACUGCUUUUGUACUUUUUUUCCCUCCUUCUCUCUCGCUCUUUCGCUUUCGUUCUCAUUGCUCUCUGUUCCUGCGCUCUGCUACAACUCGCCUUCCAUCGAGGUUUUGCAGCGAAGAGAAAUGUCGGUGAGUUCGAGUUCCAGGGGAAGGAUAACGACGGAGCUUCAAGUUCCCAAGAAAUGGACUGACAGAGAAACCAGUCCAGAGAGAACCAAAGUUUGGGCCGAGCCCAAGCCCAAAACGGCCAGAAAAGUCUCCGUCGUCUACUACCUCUCCCGAAACGGUCAACUGGAACACCCUCAUUUCAUGGAGGUUCCUCUCUCUUCACCUCAAGGACUUUACCUCAAAGACGUCAUCAACCGCUUGAACGUUCUCCGAGGGAAAGCCAUGUCCAGCAUGUAUUCUUGGUCCUCCAAACGGAGCUACAAAAACGGCUUCGUUUGGCAUGAUUUGUCGGAGAACGAUUUCAUCUACCCGACGCAGGGGCAGGACUACAUUCUCAAAGGAUCAGAGAUUGUUGAGCAUAGUGCCGCUGCCGUUGCGAGGGUUAACAAAUCGGAAGAGGAGUCCGGUUCGCCUGUAGUGAUCACGAGGCGGCGGAACCAGUCGUGGAGUUCUAUCGAUUUGAACGAGUACCGUGUUUAUAAAUCCGAAUCGUUCGGUGACUCGGCUGGGAGAAUCGGUGCUGACGCGGCCACUCAGACGGAGGAGAAGCGGAGGCGGAGGAGGGCGGCGAGGGAGGAAGAGGCGGAAGAGAUUCAUGAGAAGAAUGAUGGAAUUGACGCGGGAAUGGAAGGGGAGAGGGUUUCGCACGUGACUUGUGAUAAUAACAAUAAUCAUACUACGGAGCUGAGCAGGGAUGAGAUCUCGCCUCCGCCGUCGGAUUCGAGCCCUGAGACGCUGGAGACGCUGGAGACCCUGAUGAAGGCAGAUGGGCGGCUCGGAUUGCGGUCUUCGGAAUCGGAGAAGGAGAAUCUGACGGUGGAGAGCUGUCCUAGUGGGAGGAUGAGAGCGUCGUCGGUUUUGUUGCAGUUGCUAUCGUGUGGCGCUGUGUCUUUUAAAGAGUGUGGGGUUAACGAAGUGAAAGAUCAAGGGUUCUCGUUGGUUGGGCACUACAAGUCCAGGAUGCCCCGUGGAGCAGGGAAUCAUGUGGGAAAGGAGACAGGGAUAUCGAUGGAAAUUCCGGAUUUGAACAGGCUUAGGUUGGAAGAUAAGGAAUAUUUUAGCGGAAGCUUGAUCGAAACCAAGAAAGUGGAAACCCCUACUUUGAAAAGGUCUUCUUCUUACAAUGCAGAUAGCGGUUCCCGGUUAGAGAUAGUGGAGCAGGAAGGAGAAGUGGUGCGGGCAAAGUGCAUACCAAGGAAAUCUAAGACACUACCAACAAAGAAAGAAGAGGGUGGUGGCCAACACGGGAGCAAAAGAUUUGACUCACAACAAUAACUGAUACUUUGAAUGAAUGAAUAUAAAACGUAAGGAAAUCUUGUCAAUGGAGGUUUGUAGGGUAUUUUAGCUGAUAGUGGAGAAGAGAACAAAAUUUUAGAGAAGUGAGGUUAGUUUGGAAGAAUGUAUAAAUAUGGAAGCAGUUAGGACCAGUUCUAAUGAAGUAGGGGCAGUAUAGUGGUGUAGAGCUUGGCAAUUUGCUACUGACACAGCAGUGUGUAGGUUUGAUGUUUAGGUUUUUGGCCUAAAGUCAGUACAUGUAAGGAUUAGCCAUGGUUUCAUUCCUGCCGUUAUAUGGGGUCUGGUUGGAGGUGACGAUUGUCUUUUCUUGGUAAAUAAUUGCCUCUUUCUUCUUAUUAUUAAAGUUAAAGAUCUUACCAGGUCA